UUAUACUUCGCAUCUCGGUGAUCGAUGCAUGAAGUCGAUAAUCUCCUUCACAAACUGACAUGACAAUAUGAUCGCCGCCACCUCGUUGCUGCAGCCUGUGCUUUCCAAAUCCUGCGACGACUGCAAAGCCCGCAAAGUGCGCUGCAUCCGCGACCAUGGCAAGAGUAGUUGUACAAACUGUUUGCGACGAGAGGUGCGGUGUCACUUCAGUAACACCAAAAGAAAAUUGCGACAGCGACGGUCAACGUCAACCCAUUCUCCAAUACACUGGUCUGCGGAGCAAGAUAAUGAUUACCCCACACAAUCGCUGCACACUUCUCCCACUCCAAGUUACUCUUAUGGGGCUCCACGGAAGUUGUAUAUGGAACGCAUCCUCGAAGACAGGCACGUAGAGGCUCUCCCGAGGAAUGAAGACUGCAUCUUCAAAGCACAUGAAAAAUAUGUGGCAAGCUCGAGCCUGGCAUUCUUUUCAGAAAGCAGGAUACGAUCCGUAUCCGAGCUUCUUGGGCACACAAAGCUACGAGAUUUGAUCGAGACCAUGAUUACCGUCAUCAAUGGACGAAUGAACCGCAGUGGCAGACCCUCUGGUUCGAUUAUCAAAUUCAAAGAACCGUCAUCGGCGGUGCAGAUCCCGCCGGAGUCGGCGGCUUCCUACAUUAGAGCGUACUUUGAGCAAGUUCAUCCUCUCUAUCCCUUUUUGGAUCGACAAUCGUUCGAAGCCAAGGUUUGCAAUCCACAGUUACCACAGUUACUGUCGACCUCGGCUCCCUUCUCGGCUCUGUACCACACCGUCCUCGCUCUUGGAUGUCAAUAUCAGGAAGGAGGUACUUUUGAUCCGGGGCAGGGGAAGGCAUGGAAGCUAUUCCAGAUCUCUCUGGGCUUAUUCCCGGAUGUGCUAGUUCCGCGGGAGAGUCUGAUCAACGUGCAGGCUGUUACAGCAAUGGCAAUUUUUGCCCUUAAUCUAUCAUGUCUCCAAAUUGGCCAAAUGAUGGUGUCAGAAGCAGCCAGGAUGGCUCAGUCGCUCGGAUUCGGGAGAGCGACGUCCUCCAGUGAUAAUGCAGAGCACCAUAGGACUUUCUGGGUGAUAUACACCAUUGAGAAGAUGGAUAGCUUCUACAGUGGCAGGAAUUCGAUCCUCAUUGAUUACGAUAUUGGUGCUCCUAUUCCAGUCGCGCCUGAGGCGAUGUUCGGAGACUUUGACUGGUUUUUGUCCUCAGCCAGGUUCAGCAGGUUACUUUCCAAGGCGUUUGAGAUGCUGUUCUCUGUCACUGCGAGGAUGAAUUCUGUAGAGGCAUACUACGCAGCUAUUGACAUGGCCGGCGACGAUCUAGAACGCUGGAGGAAUUCCAUCCCCGAGCAAUUCCGCCCCGGUCUGCCUUUUCGAGCCCAGCAUUUUGCCAAUUCGUGCACCCUCCAGGUAGCUCUAAGGAUACACUAUUAUUAUUACAGUGGUGUCAUCGCCCUGUCUCGGUUGACACUCAAUGUCGGUGCGGCAAAUCCAGGUUCACGACAGUCUCAGAGCAAGAAAGCACUCAUGAACGCUGCACGUGUCAUUAUCGAGCUGACCAGGUAUAUUGAUGCUGAAGCGUAUACUCCAAUAUGGAUCCUGGGCGUAAUGCCUCUUUCCGCCUUGUUCAUCCUGUUCGAUUUUGUUGUUCACAACCCGAACCACCGUGAGACAAGGAGCAACCUGGCACUAUUGGACGUAGCAGCUGGUUAUUUUAGCCGCUUAGAAUAUGCCACAGGAGGGUCCCUUCCUAGCUCUCUUCUCUCUGAUUUUGCGCAUAUCGCGCGACAAUUCGUGCGGGAUGUGCAAUCGAGGAAUUCUAACGGUGGCCAAGGGACCACUACGAGGACUCCAGAAAGGCCAGUACAAAUGAAUGCUAUUGAUAGUGCAAAUAAUCCCUCAACGUUUAUACCGCAACCAUAUAACACACCGAGUCAAGGUGCAGUAAGCGACACGAGUCCAAUCACCGACUACCUUUUCUAUCCGAUCGCUUUUCCGCAGGUAAGUGCAGUAGACGACGAUCUGCCGGCCCCGGCCGGUUUUGACAUUAUGAACCUCUUUGAUACGGUCAUUCCGGACUUUAGCACCCCGCUAGACCAGAACUACGACAUUGGGUCUGGGCCCAGCAUGCAUGGUUCAAUGAGUUAAUGUACUGCACUAUGGCCAGAUAUUGCUGGAGGCGCAAGUUCUGUAUGUACAUACUAUAAUGAAAUCCAAUA